CCUAGGACAAAAAAAGGAACCAAGAGGGGAGAAAAAUGACACAGCACCAACAAGUCAAAACCAAAGAAAGGUGCUGAUUCACAAAGGUGAUAAAUGAUUAAUAAAUAGUUUAUUCAAUUUUGCCUGGCAUGUUUCCAACGUGGGAUGCUCUUCUUUAGAGGCAACUGAAGUAAUUGUCAUUAAUCAACGUAUCUUCUGCUUACUUAUUUAUUCUCAUAUUUCUCUGGGGAUAAUACCCAAGGUUGCAGGCAGGAGUCUCUCCCAGCCCUAUCUUGGAGACGCUGCCAGGGAGGGAAUUUGGAACCUUCUGCAGACACGCAUGCAGGUGUUCUUCCCAGAACGGCCCCAUCCCCUGAGGAGGAUAUCUUACAGUGCUCAUCAUGUAGUCUCCCAUUCAAAUGCAAACUAGGGCAGACACUGUUUAGCAGAUGCAGAAGCAAAAAGACCAGUCCUUGUCUGCCAAAGGUGCUCUGAACUUCUGUGUGCUUGGGGAGGUGGGAGUCCAUGCUGUAGGGCCCUACAUCUAAAUCCCCAGGUCCUCCUCCUCCUCCUCCUCCUCUUCUUCUUCUUGUUCCUCCCUGACAGCUCAUGGUUUCCUGGCUGCAGUCCUCCGAGGACGACCAGCGGGAGAGGGCCAUCUGGAGCAGCGCUUCCCUGCUCAACUUUGUCGCCACCAAGCUGAAACUGGAGAAAAUGUCCAAAUUCUCCCGGCUGGGCCAUCUGGUGGCAGUCCUGGGGAUAUGCUGCGGGGACCCCGUCAAGUCCAUCAGCUCCAAGGCUGCCAAGAGCGUCCACCUCCUCCUUGCCAUCGUCCUGGGCCAAAAGAUUGCGAGACUGGAUGAGAAGAGUGUCCAUACUGAAGCCAUCAAGCGGAAGCACAAAGAGUUCUUGGAAUCUUGGAACCCUUUAGUGUUCCUCAAAAACCCCUCCAGAGUCGCAGAGGUCUUUGGCGUCUACUUCAGCCCAAGAGAGAAGACGGACUUCAUCCUGACCGCUUUGGACGGCCUGACAGAGCAGUGCACGCCCACCUGCUGCACCACCACGGAGGGGCUUCUUGCCAGCAUAGCAAGGAACUGUGGCACUGAGAUGGAGAAGGUGUCGGACAUUGUGGACGGGAUCUGCAGCCGCCUGGAGCUGAUCCAGCGGCCCAGCGCCAGGCGACUGGUGAUGAAGCUGGUGGGCUUGCUGGCAGGCAGGUCUGAGCACUUGGAUGUUGUGAUCUCAAGUCUCCUGGAGCAUUCCUUCCCACCAGACAGCAAUUCGUCUCAGCUUUGGCGGUACCUUUCUACUGAGGACGUGGUGGAAGAGCAGCUGAUGGAGAACCUGCUGGCCAGACUGCAGAACCACCACGGGGCCGAGCAGCAGACCUCCCCCAUGUCUGUUGCUAUCACGCAGGCUCUGUACGAGGUCAUUUCUGUGCCGGAAUCCAAAGAGGUCAUCCACGGACUCUACCCGGAGCUUCUGAUGGCUCUGCUGAUCGAACUCCAUUUCGCCAACCAGGCCGAAACCCUGCCAGAGAUGAGCUACCUCCGGAAGCAGUGUGGACGGGGAGAAGGCCUGGCCAGCUUUGCUGUGGAGGCCAUCAAGCUGCUCCUCAUCCGCCUCAGCUGCCGCUACGAGGUCACGUUCAUGGAGAAGAUGUGGGGCUGGGCGAUGCUGCAGAGCUCCAAGGAGGUGCUCCAGGGGGUGACCCUGCUCGCCAGAGCCAUGCUGCACUUCGCUUGCCCCGAGACCAUGAGGCUGCUGGACUUCUUGUUCUCUCUCCUCGGCAAAUCGGGCGAGAAGCUGAAGCCGACCACCAUGGCCUUCUUUGUAGAGCUACUCCAUUACCAAGAGAUUGAGCAGCUCCCUGGCGACCAGAUUUUCGAAUGCCUCGAGGAAUGGACCAAGAGCCCAAACCCAGACGUGCGUUCUCUCGGCCUGCGAGGAUUUGGCAUCUUGGCCAUCCACCCAGAUAAGGUGGAGGAGGUCAAGACCCAGAUGCCGACCCUCCUGGGGAGCUUGGAGGAGACGGAGGGCAGAGUGGUCGUCGAGGGCAUCACAGCCAUCCAGAACCUGUUGAAGUUCAUGCAGAGGAACGACAUUGUCAGCCUGGCGGAGAAGCUGCUGCCUCUGUUCAGCAAUCCAGAUCCCAAGGCCCGCAAUUCCGCCAUUGCCCUCUUUGCUGAGUUGCCAAACCUGGUGAAGAAGAAGGAGAAGUACCUCAUUCAGGAGCAGGUGACCCAGAGUCUGGUCCCACUGCUCCUGCACCUGCAAGACGAGGAGCCGGAGGUGGUGAAGGGAUGCCAAGAAACCUUGGCCAGGUGCUUUCGGUUCAUGGGCUGGUCACUUCCCAAGAAGGUCAACAGCAAGAAGGCUUGGCACGACCACCCCCAGAUUGCAGAGAUCCUCUGCCGGCAGAUUUCCUGGAAGGUGAAGAGCGUCCCCGCCAUCUUGCUUCAGUGCCUGGACCAUCUCCAGUGCCCCCAGGUUUCCAUCCGGAGAGCAGCGGCCAUCUUUAUUGGUUGCGUAGCCCAGUGUGCAGAGUCAGCAGCGAUCAACCAAGAAAAAAAGGACUUGAUAUUCUUCUCACUCUCCAAACUGCAGCAAGAUCCCGACCCUUCGGUCCGCCUGACGGCCUUGCAAGCCACACGGAUGGUUCAGGAGGCCUGUGGAAUCCCCCGAGACCAGACCUUUCUGCACAGAUUUGUGAGCCACGAGAAGCAAGAAGCCGACAGAGGACAGUGGGAUGUGCCGGAUCCCUCCCUGACCCACCGAUGGAACCCGGCCUCUCCAGUCUCCCACCGGAUCGUGCCCAGCAAUAUCAAGAGGAGGCUGCCUGGGCCAACCCGCCAGGCCUGAUUCCACCAUCAAGAUGCCCCUGAACUCCCUUUGGUGGAAUGCAGAAGCAGAAGCCCAAGACCCCCCCGGACGCUCCCAGCUCAAUCAAGCAGGUGCUCGUGGCUGCAGCUGAAGAGGACGGGAGCCACAGAUUUCUGGAUGCCUAUGAAGCUCCCCAGCAGAUUGCAAAAGUGCUGAAGAUCUGCUCAGGAAUGGCUCCCUUUGGCCUCUGGGACCCUUUGGCCUCAUGGUGGACGGAGUUGCCUACUUCAGGGCAGACCAGGAAGGAGGCGCCGUGAUAGCCUUCGACGUAAUGAAAGGAUGGGAAACCAACCAUUUUGGUGCAAGUUAAUAUUUGGCUUGCAGAAGAACCCUUGGUAGAAAAAGGCAUGGAAAGUACACGAAAACUGCAACUUCCUACGUUAGGAUAUAAUGUGCAGUGAAACAGCAUUUUAAAUAUUUAUAAACAUUGGAGGACUUCCAAUCA